GUUCAACUCAAAUUUCUUGUUUAUUUCUCCAACCAACGUUUUCGACUUCUUUCUUACCCAUGGCAACUGCGACGCCUGAGACACUGGCUGCGAGCCUUCAACAGUCACUAAGCGGGCAUGCUCAUGAGCGCAAGCAGGCUGAGCAAUAUCUGGACAGCAUGGAAAAGACGCCGCGGUUCGUGGUACCUCUGCUGCAACUGGUGAGCGACGCAGGAAUAGAUGCGAGCGUGCGGGUGGCCGCAGCGCUGUAUUUCAAAAACUUUGUCAAGCGCCGCUGGCCACAGGACGAGGACACGGAGGACCUGCUGGCACUGGAGGACCGGCAGGCAGUGAAGAAGGAGAUUGUGGGUCUGAUGAUAUCAGUGCCCAAGAAGCUGCAGUUGCAGAUUGGCGAGGCGGUAUCGGUGAUUGCCGACAACGACUUCCCUGAGCAGUGGCCGGACCUGAUCCAGGAGCUGGUGACGAAGCUGUCACCAACGGAUUUCCACGUGAACAAUGGUAUCCUGCAGACAGCGCACACGGUGUUCAAGGGCUGGCGGUCGGCGUUCCGGUCGGACCGGCUGUACACAAAGAUCAACUACGUGCUUGGCCAGUUCACCGACGCGUACAUGCAGGUGGUGGUAGCGACAGACCGGUUGAUCGAUGAGCACGCAAACGACAAGCAGGCACUGAAGAUUCUGCUGCAUUCGCUGAUGCUGCUGUGCCAGAUCUUCUACGACCUCAACUGCCAGGACCUGCCGCCGUUCUUCGAGGACAACAUGGACGCGUUCAUGGCCACAUUCCACAAAUACUUGGUGUACUCUAACGCCAAUGCAGAGAGCGACGAUGACGAUGUGGCCGGCGAUCUAGAGGAGGUCAAGGCCAGCAUCUGCGAGAUCAUUGAGCUUUAUGCGCAGCGCUACGAGGACGUAUUCAAGCAGCUGCCGCAGUUUGUCGAGACAGUGUGGAACAUGCUGACCACUGUCAGCUCCGCGCACAAAUAUGACAGCAUGGUGAGCCGCGGCAUGGCGUUCCUGCGCACGGUUGUCAGGAACCCGCGUCAGAGGCAGCUAUUCUCGUCGAGUGAAUCGCUGAAGCUUAUUUGCGAGCGCAUUAUCAUCCCCAACACAGUGCUUCCCGAGGACGACGAGGAGCUGUUCGAAGACGACCCGAUGCAGUUUAUCCGGCGCGACAUCGAGGGCAACGAGGCUGGCAGCCGUCGCGAGGCUGCUGGCGAUCUGGUGCGUGGUCUGCUGGACCAGUUCUCGAGCGAGACUACACAGGUCAUGUCGAUGUAUAUCCAGAAGGGGCUGGAGCAGUAUGCGGUGAACCCGGUCGAGAACUGGCGUGACAAGGAUGUCGCGCUAUUCAUGGUGACAUCGGUGGCCGUCGUAGCCUCGGUGAACUCGCUAGGCGCGACCAAGAUCAACGAGUUAGUCAACAUCACCGACUUCUUUACUUCGCAGAUUGUGCCGCAUCUGCAAGACGUCAGCUCUGACCAGUCAGCACCGAUCCUGAAGGUCGAUGCUAUCAAGUAUGUCCACACAUUCCGCAGCCAGCUGCCGCGCGAGUUUUUGGUGCAGGCGCUGCCGUGGCUCACCAGCCACCUGGCGCAUCCUAACCCGGUGGUAUCGACGUACGCUGCUAUCACGAUCGAGCGGCUGCUGAUGCUGAAGAAGGAGGGCAAGCUGGUGUUUGGCCCAGGCGACAUCCAGCCGCUGGCUGAGGGCAUGCUGGUGCACAUCUUUGGGCUGCUUGACCGUGCAGGCUCACCAGAGAAGCUGGCUGAGAACGACUAUUUGAUGAAGGCGGCGAUGCGCGUCAUCUUGGCCAGCCGCACUAAUAUCACACCGCUGGCACCGGCGGCGCUGGGCAAGUUGGCACAAAUUGUGGCCGAGGUCAGCAAGAACCCCAGCAAUCCGCGGUUCAGCCACUUUAUGUUUGAGGCAAUUGGUUCGCUGGCCCGGUUCACGUGUGCGGCUGAGCCUUCGGCGAUCGGUCAGUUCGAGAGUACGCUGUUCCCGAUCUUCCAGACGAUCCUGCAGCAGGACAUUGCUGAGUUCAUGCCAUAUGUGUUCCAGAUCCUGGCCCAGCUUCUGUCUGUGCACCAGGCGUCGGGCAAGCUGCCCGAUGCGUACAUGGGCUUGCUGCCGAUGCUGCUGGUGCCGGAUCUGUGGGACUCGCAGGGCAACGUGCCGGCUCUGGUGCGGCUUUUGCAGAGCUACCUGCAAAUCGGCGCAGCGCAGUUGGCACAGCAGAACCAGCUGGCGCCGAUUCUGGGCGUGUUCCAGAAGCUGAUUGCCUCAAAGACAAACGACCACCUAGGCUUCAACCUGCUGCUUGCCAUCACGCAGUUUACGCCGACCGAGUCGUUCAAGCAAUAUCUGCGGCCGGUGCUCACGCUGUGUCUGACUCGCCUUCAGUCGUCGCGCACAGGCAAGUUCACACGCAACUAUGUCCAUUACCUGGGCUCGCUCAUGUGCAAGGAUCCGCAGAGCGGCGCCGGCGUCGAGCUGCUGUACUCGACUAUGGAGCAGAUCCAGCCCGGACUGUUUGCCAAUGUGUUGCAAAACGUGCUGCUGGAAGCCAUCCCGCGCGUCAUUGGUGCUGUGGAGCGCAAGGUCACUGUGGUUGGGUUUGGUCUGCUGGUUGCGUCAGCACAGUUCCAGAGCAACCCUGCCUAUGCGCAGCUGACGGGUCCCACGCUGCAGCAGCUGGCUGUGCUGCUGAUGGACACCAAGGUCAAGGAGACCAAGACAAUUGCCGACCGUAGUGCGCUCGAUGGCAGCGCUGCAGCCGCCUCGGCGUCGGCCACUGCGGGCGAGGAGGACCUGGACUCGCUUGAGAUUGAGGACACCGGAUACCAGGCGUCGUUUGCAAAGCUAGCGACACUGGGUGACGUCAAAAUUGACCCUUGCCCGCAGAUCACCAAUGCUGCAGUUGGUCUUGGACUGGUUCUGAAGCCGAUCCAAGCCCAGCUUGUCGGCGCCAUGCAGCAGCUGGAGCCUGCCGCGCGCGAUUUCGUGUCGGCCAUCAUUGCCCAGUCGUAGAAAGCACCUCCAAUGUUUUAG